AUGCAUCAACCAGCUUCCUUCCUCUCCUCAAUUUCUCGUGGCGAUCCUCCUACACCUCCCUCUUCACCGCCUGAGAAAUACCUAAGAUGGUCAUUUAAUCAGAUUGCUCAUGCCAGUCAUACUUUAGCUGCGUCUCUCGCAGCAUCUGGAAUCAAACCUGGGAUGCGAAUCAUCUCUUUUGUCAAUAACGGAGUUGAAUGGCACAUAAUGCUACGGGCUGCAUUGGAGCUGAAUUGCCUAUUUGCACCUUUGAACCCACGAGUAGCUUUUAACGAAAAGGAAGCAAGACAUAUGAUGGCCAUGAUAGGACCCAGUGUUCUGCUUGUUCAAGACUCGAAUACCGCUGAGCAUAUCCAGCUUCAUGCUCCUGAAGCUUUUGGACAAGCAUCAGUCAAGCUAUUUUCGACUGGUGGUGAAGACAAGGCCGAUAUACCUGCAAGUUGGCAAGAUUUUGCCGCUUUUGCUGAAAACGGCAUUGCCGGCGAAAGAGUUCUAAAGUCCUUGGAGGUCAUUCGAAAGCCAGACGAUGUAACUUUCAUCUUCACCACAAGCGGCACAACGAAUCUUCCCAAAGGGUGUCCUUACACGAACUCCAUGUGUGCAGGCAUGAUUAGUGCUUAUAUACAGCACUCCGACCUCACGCGGGAUCCAGAUCGUGUCUCUCUCUGUCAUAUGGCGACAUCUCAUAUCAUGGGUGGUGUUGGAUAUUCAAUGGGGUUUCAUUGCGCUGGAUUGAAAGUGGUACAUCCGGCAGCGACAUUCGACCCCGGCUCGUCACUUAAGGCAAUCAAUCUCGAAAGGGCAUCCGACAUGCCUUGUGUUCCAGCACUCGUCUAUGCUAUGCUAGCACAUCCCGAUUUCGACCAAGUCAACACAGACUGUAUCAAGCAUGCCCAUCUCGGCGCAACAACAAUCCUGCCUGAAGUCAUCAAAAUGUCGAUGGAACAACUCAAAGCCGACAGAGCGAGCGAGGCGUAUGGUAUGACCGAAACUGGGCCAGCACUGGCUCAUAGAUAUUACGACCUAAGCGUAAAGGUGCCCGAGAUAGUCACCAGCGGCACCAUUCUUCCUGGGGCCAAAGUUCGAGUGUGUGACCCAGAGACAAACAAACCAGUCCCAAGAGGAGCGGCUGGCGAGUGCCAUAUCGGGGGCUCUUUUAUUAUCAAAGAAUAUUGGGUUGGGCCUACCCAGAGAAGUCGUGAUGCAUUUUAUACAGAUGAGCACGGCUUGUGGAUCAGGACUGGAGACCAAGCAGUCAUGCAUGACAAUGGGGAAUGUCAAAUUGUAGGGCGAUAUAAAGACAUGAUCAUCCGCGGAGGCGAGAACAUUUCCCCCAGCGCUAUCGAAUCAAUCAUCCUCAGCAAAUUCGAUCUGGUCACUGAAGUGGUCGGUGUACCAGAUGAGAUAGCCGGCGAAAUACCUAUUGCUGUCAUGUCGAAGAAGAAGGGGCAAGAAGUGGAUGUCUCCAAGGUGAGACAAACGUUGAUCAAAGAGCUUGGAGCAGCAUGGGUGCCAGAAGAGAUUAUAGACAUCAAAACCCUCGGCAUCGACGAUUUUCCAAGAACGGCCACAGGGAAAGUCAUCAAGACGAAAUUACAGAAAAUGGUCAUCGAGAAUAGGGAGAGCCAAGUCAAUGUUUACGCCGGCACGGAUCUCCUCGAUACUCUGACCCGAGUCUGGACCAAACUUCUGGGCGUCAGUCCCGGAACACUUACUCCUCAGACCUCAAUCCAUGAUUGGGCGGAUUCUCUCAUUCAAGCUCGAUUCUCUGCUGUUCUCAUGCGAGAAACCGGUCUCCUAAUCCAGCUGCAAAAUCUCAUCGAUCACCCAUCUAUCGAAGGACAAGCAAAGCUGCUCUCAGCUCGCGGUGGAUCGGGUGCUCAAUCAAUCAGCGAUAUGAAGCCGGAUCGCGAUGGUCCUCCAGGAAUCCACGACAUGGUCCACACGAGUGGAGAUGAAGCAAGGUACAAGAAGACACAGGACCUAGCUAUUGAAACCUUAAAACCACUUGGUCUUGGCUGGGAGGAUGUCGAGGACGUCAUCCCCAUGAACGCUAUCCAAGAGACUUUCGUGAAGUAUCGGCGUCCUCAGACCAGCAACCAUAGACACGCCUUCCUUUGCAACGGAUCUAGCGUCGAUCAUCUGGAGAAAGCAUUGAAAGCUACGCUCGCGCAUCAUAGCAUGCUACGAACCAUGGCGAUGUACUUCGACAGCCACACCUCAAUGCACAUCACAAUCCGACCCAGCGAACAAUGGUUUUCAAAAUGUAUCCGUCAUCUCCCAGCGGUCAAGAAAGCCGAGGAUCUCGCAGAAGUUGUCUACGGUGACGUCGAACUUGAUAAUGCCCACUUUCCUGGUCCAAUGAUGCGCUUCAUCAUCGUGUACGUUGAAGAGACCAAAUGUGCAGGUCUCGUCUACAUGGUACAACAUUCUAUCUUCGAUGCCGUCUCCUUACAACUCUUCCUUGACGACUUCGAUGCUAUGCUCACUAACCCAACCACCAAAUUGAAGCCUCACGUUCCAUACAAAGCUUGGGCAGACAGUUAUUACAAUCUUCAAUACUCACCAAUAGCAAAGGCUUCAGUCAACUGGCAAGCAAAUCGCCUGCGUGGCAUCUACAAAAAUCCAGAAGCUUUAUUUCCGAUACAGCGUGCGCCGGAGUGGUUCAAAGGCUCCUCAGAAGGAUGGAUCGACAUCAAAACCGGCAAGCCCGGUCCUCCCCGAAAGGCACUGACCAAGAACGGCCUCGGAGUCAAAGGCAUCACCGGCCAAGGAACACUGAAAGACAUCCAAGCCCUCAAAAUCAAACACAACAUCGAGGGCUCUCAGAUCGUGAAAGCGGCACUAGCAGUCGUCACAACCCGGCACACAAAGCAACCAUACGCUCUAUUUGGGCAAUCACAAGCAGGACGCACAUGGCCCUUCAUGCUCCCAUGGCAAGCCAACCGGAUGCCUCCCGCCAUGGACGUCGAUGGUCCCGCCGUCCAAGGCACAAUAAACAAGCUCCCCAUCCACAAAAGCGAGACGGUUCUCGAUAUGCUGGCUCGUCUACAAGCCGAGCAAUACGAGCUCAACCGCCACGCCUACGCGCCCAUGAACCAAAUCGUCGCGGUGCUGAAUGGCCACCAGACCGAUAUCGAAGUCCGAAACUUCGACGGCAAAGUCAAAGGCGCGGCCUGGAUCGAGAGUGAAGGUGGAGAAGGAGAUUUUGUUCGUGAUGCGUUCAAACGGCAGGUUUUCAAUUGGCUGCCUGUCCCUCCUGUCUUUGAGUAUAAGCGGAUUCAGAAGGUGCAGGUGGAGAGCAGGACGGAUUUGUGCUGCUUGUGGAAUUGUAUUAUGUUGGAUCAGACGACGUUGAUGAUUAAUCCUACAUGGGAUGAUGCGCAGCUGUAUCUUGAGGAGGUGGAGGGGUUACUAGAUGAGCUUCUGAGGUUGUCGGAGAAGUUUGCUGCGGAGGAGAAUUGGGGAAAGAGGGUCGAGGAGUUUGUCUGAGUGGGUGGCAGUCUUUGGGAUGUGCUUGAAUUGUUUGUGUAUUUACACCAAUUGUGAAUGACUCCGAGACC